CCAGCAUACACAGAUGGAGGCUACUCGGUCUUGACAAAGCGUGGAGAUCGUGGAAGCUUUGCUGGACACGAGGACCUGAAGGAAGAGAAGGAGAAGAAAGGAGAGAAGGAGAGGGGGAUAAUAAUGGAGUGCAAGGAGAAUGUGAUCCACUACCUCAGCUGGGGGUUCAUCGUCGGUGGGGUGGCGUAUCUCCUUCGGCAGACCAGGACCCAGACCCAGUACGGACGCUACGUGACCUCGGAUGGGACCCCAGGGAGGACCUGCCCUGCCAAGCUGGCCUGGUUCCUCCAGGAGCUGCCUUCUUUCCUGGUGCCGAUGCUCCUUCUGCUCUCCACCGACACACAGCCCAGCCUGGGCAAAGACCUGCUUCUCUGGACCUUCUGUCUGCACUACUUCCAAAGAACGUUCAUCUACUCCUUGCUGACCAAAGGCCGCCCUUCCCCUCUCUACAUUGUCUUCUCUGCGGUAGUCUUCUGCACCGUCAACGGUUUUCUCCAAGGCCACUACAUGCUCCACUGUGCCACGUACGAUGAUGCGUGGCAGACCGACAUUUGUCUGGGCACCGGUUUGCUGAUGUUUUUCCUGGGAAUGGCCAUAAACAUUCACAGCGACCACAUUCUUCUAAAUUUGAGAACACCCGGAGAGGUUGUUUAUAAGAUUCCCAAAGGGGGAAUGUUUGAGUAUGUCUCCGGAGCAAACUUCUUUGGAGAGAUUCUGGAGUGGUGCGGGUAUGCCCUAGCAACGUGGUCCCUGCCGACGUUCUCCUUUGCCCUUUUCACUAUGUGCUCGAUUGGACCGCGGGCCUACCACCACCACAGGUACUACCAAGAGAAGUUUGAAGACUACCCUCGGUCGAGGAAAGCUGUGAUACCUUUCAUAUUCUAAGAAGAACAGCAAACCAGAGAAGCCUGAACAAAUGGACUGACCUAGCUAAAAUCAUUAGUCAUAGCCAUGAUAUUGGCGUUUACUGAACUCUUAAAUGAAAUGCUUGUCCUAAAUUGCUAUUUUCUGUGGAGCCCAUUUUACCACGCUUUAGCUUUCAUUAACUAGACAUAUUGAACCUAUCAUCUCAUUGUAGUCAGAGCUAGAUGAUAUUCCACACUUACAGCAACAUAUCUGUAAUUACAUACUUCCAUUGGCUUGGAGGAAUGAAUUAUGUGCCAGCAUUCAGCAUGGUCAAAGCUCAAUGGAUAAAGAAUUCAUGGGGAAGAGAAAGGGGGGCGGUGGGGGUGUCUUGAAAGAAUAAAGGAAAAACAUUUUUUAUAUCGAAAGGGAUGACUGACUGCCUUUUCCUCUUUGUGCAAAAACGGAUCUCUUGGAUAGAUGAACUACUUCACUUUUGGAAAGGCUCAUUAAAGCUCUGCUUAUUUACCUUGGGUCUGAAAAAAGAACAUGGUCUGUUUUUCUUAUGCAGUUAAUCAAAUAUGAUAUGAUUAAUAACUGCUGCAUAUGUUAUUACACUUUUGAAUUUCAUGUUUGCUUGGUUGAUUAGGUAAGUCCAAAGGCAAUGUCAUCCUUCAUUAGGUGGGACAAAGGCUCAGCUUACUGGAAAUCAUGUAAAUGGAAUAUCUAGCUAAGCAGUGACAUUCAUCAAUCAAUUAAGUUCCAGAGAGUUGGCAAACAUUGCCACCCUCGGGAACUAGAGUCGAGCUAGUGCAUCACUGAGGUUCUUGACAGACAAGCUUAACAGUAUGUGUUAUUACAUGACAGUAGUUGUAAUCCUCCAAUUCCACCCCUAGAGGGUAGUAUAAGCUUUUUCAUGUGGGUAUCAUGUUUUAGAGAGCACAACAACAUAUUCCACUAAAAGAAGACAUUGGCCACAUCAAUAUUUCAAUCCAAGGUGGCUUUCUAAUUUCCUUCAUUGACAUUGAUCUAAUUUCCUUCAUUGGCACUGCUCUGGAGAAAGAGCAGUGCUGAUGACGGAAAAUAUUAAACUCUUUCCACAUUACUGAGCCAGCCGAGCUGUAUUGCACAGGCCUGGUUACGCAUUCACCAUAGUUGCUGGAACCAUGCUGGAAAGGGGCAUGUGAAAAUAAAAUUCCUGAACCAGCACAGUACGGUUUGGGUCAGCACAAUAGUGUGAAAAAGGCCUUAGAGAUGUUAGGGAUGGAACAUGUUAGGAAUGGAGGUCCCAAUAUUGGACUCAAUUGCAAUGGUACUUAAACCCACUCCUUGUCCUAAUUUAAUAUGAUCUCAAAUGUUGCUUCAAUGGAAAGAAUCAAAUGUUUGUGUUUCAUGGCUGACAUUUUAAAUGUAACCGAUUAUGUGAUGU